AUGCCGUUCGCCCAACUUGUUCUUGGAAGUCCGGGAUCUGGAAAGAGUACAUACUGCAAUGGAAUGCAACAAUUCAUGUCCGCGAUAGGCCGAAAAUGCUCUGUGGUGAACCUCGACCCAGCAAACGAUCAGACCAGCUACCCAUGUGCAAUAGACGUACGUGAUCUAGUCAAGCUUGAGGAGAUCAUGGAAGACGACGAGUUAGGGCCUAAUGGUGGCGUGCUGUACGCUCUCGAGGAGCUGGAACAGAACAUAGAUUGGCUUGAGAAGGGAUUAAAUGAGCUCGGAGAAGAUUAUGUGCUAUUUGACUGCCCGGGACAGGUUGAACUCUACACACAUCACUCAUCAUUACGGAACAUAUUCUUUAAGGUGCAGAAAAUGGGAUACAGGCUUGUAGUCCUCCAUCUUUCCGACUCAUACUGCCUGACCAUGCCUUCACUAUACAUUUCGAAUCUUAUCCUCUCUCUGCGUGCUAUGCUACAGAUGGAUCUUCCACAUCUGAACGUCCUCACGAAAAUCGACAAGAUCUCGAGUUAUGGCCCGCUCCCGUUCAACCUCGAUUUCUACACAGAAGUACAAGACCUCUCAUAUCUUCUCCCGCAUCUUCAAGAAGAAUCGUCCGUGAUGGCUGGCUCGAAAUUCGAAGGGCUGAACACAGCCAUCGUGGAACUGGUCGAAGGCUUUGGAUUGGUAGGGUUUGAGACUUUGGCGGUAGAGGACAAGAAGAGUAUGAUGCACUUGCUACAGGUCAUAGACAGAGCAGGAGGGUAUGCAUUCGGUGGAGCCGAAGGCGCAAAUGAUACUGUCUGGCAAGUUGCGAUGCGGGAAGGUGUUACCACAAUGGAUGUGAAGGACGUCCAGGAGCGGUGGAUUGAUGCCAAAGACGACUAUGACAAGGCAGAGCUGGAGCAGUGGAAGAAGCAAGCAGAGGCCGAAGCUGCGAAACAAGCCGAGCUUGGUGAACAUCUCGAGGAUGAGGACGACGAUAUGGAGGAUAUGUCGUUACCUCCAGGUGGGAGCGGUGUAAAGGUAGUUCGUAAAAACCAAUGA